AAAUCCCUUGUGUCUCGGGACCCUUGAAACAGUUUUUCUUUCACUCGGUUUACCUUAAGUUUUUACCUGAGAGGUUGAUGAUUCAUUCAAGUACUUACGUUUACCUCGAGAAUUUGUCGAGGGCUUAUCCUCUUACUCCCUCCAUUCCACCCUCGUCUUACUCCCUUCCAAUAUUCAUUCAUUGCAAUGCGAAAAAUGUGAGGGUCACUUACUACAUUUUACCUGAUUUUUCCGUUUGACCUGUGGAAUGGGCUGUACAACGGAGCAAUCGUCAGUCAAAUUAUUUCUCUCGUAGGAAUAACAUCAAAUUGCAAUUAAUAUCAUGGAGGUUGCUUUUGAAUCAGACGCUGCGAUUAUAUUCGAUAAAUUAGAAAAGGAAUCGACGAUAUCUUGGACUUCUGCAGAUCUCAAUCAAGUGGAUUAUCGAAACUCUUGGUGUCAAUAUCGCAAUUCCGGAGUGGAAAACAAGGAGAAUAUCGAACCUGUUAUUAAUGAUGGGAAAAUUUGUGUGGAAGAGAACGAUGAAGGGGUCAGGCCUUUAGCAAAUGAGGCUAUGGAAAUUGUUAUGACCUUCAGCGCUUGUUCCAUUGCCGUAACAGACACUUUACAGAAAAAUAAUUCUAUUCUUGAUCCACCCCCAGUCAAGAGAGCGAGAAUAGUUAAGCCACCGGAAGCCAACAAAUCUAGUAAAAAAAUUCCUGGAAAAAUCGAGCCGUUCAGUUUUCUAGCUCGCGAAAGAGAGAAUCGAGAAAAGACAGAAGCCCGUCGAAACUAUUACGAGAUGUUGACAAAUAAAUCGAGUCCACGGCCAUUCAAAGCCAGAGCAGCGCCGAAGUUCAAGCCUCUUCCUGAAACCCCCACUAGAUUUGUCCGGCGAAAACCAUUAACUCAAGCCCCAACUUCAAAGACUAAAUCCGAGACACUCCAUAAAUUUGUCCUAAACAAAUCAUCACCUCAAACACAGACUCCGAUGGUUGCAACUCCAAAAAGAUCGACUCUGCAGCCAAUUCAUGCACUGAGCCCAAUUAAACCUACAGGAAGGGUUCCGCCAUCAGUAAAGCCUAUAACGAGUCCAAAAUCGAGUGUCUCACAGUCCAUCACCACAACGAAACCGAAAAAAACCACGGGGAUUUCUCCACAAACUCCACGUCAAUCGAUUAUUCCAAAAAUGCAGAUCGUCAAAACUACCCCAUCGUCAUCAGUAUCUCAAACAUCGAAUAAACCCACAGAGAAUACAGUGCAGCCUAAAAUGGCGGUUAAACGAGGAUUCAAUUCGAGAACGAUUCCUAAAGGGCAGAAAAUUACUCCGGUUGUUGUUGUGCAGAGUUCGAAGCCAAUGAGAGAGAGUUCACAAAUACGAUCAGUAACUAUUCCCAAAUCUCCACGACUAUCUACUGCUAUUCGUGCUCGCGAACGUCGACAGUUCGAUGAAAUGAUGGAAGAGAAGCUGCGGCAACGCAAUGCAGUUCGAAAAAUGGAAAUUGCCACUACUCAACGUUACGAAGAACAGCAGGAUGUAGUUCAGCUUCGCAAAUCCAUGAUAUACACAAACCGGUGCCAGUCCUCGCCUCAAAAAAUGUACCAGUAAUCAAUUAAUCAUCUAAUCAUCCCAUGUUAUCUACCUUUGUCAAACGUCCUCGAUGCGUUUAAUAUGAUAUAAUAUAAUGACUGGUCAUGAUCGUAUGUAGAUGUGAAUAUGGUGUAGCAACUAGAGUACAUAUUGGUUUCUAUUUUUAUACAGUUGUACAUUGAAUCUGUCGUUGGUUUAUCGUGCUGAUAGGUCAUUUGUAUUUUUCAUCGAAUUCAUUUGAGUAAUUGAUUCGUUGCAGUAUUACAAGAGUCAAAGAUUUGGAUCUUUCAAGUACUGAAAGAACUGAAAAACGUAUAUGAAAUUGAAGAAUAAAUUUAUAAUGUAUUAUAUAUGUAUUAUAUUGUCAUUGAUUUCUCUGUGUAUAUGAUUCUUGUAAAAUUGAGCUGUACCUCGAAAUUUUAUUGAAAAACCUAAUUUAAUCC